AUGAAUUCUUCAAUAAGAGAGAGAUUAGAUUAGAGAGGGUUAAAACAGGGUUUUAUUCCAGUCCCUGAUCCAAUCCAGCUUCAGCUUCACGCUCAUGUGGCGCUACCACGAAAGCCACCCUAAGCCCUUUUCUGUCGACGUCACCAAAAUGGUGAUGUUGACAUGUUUUGGGGAGACUAACCCGAACCUACUUAAACCAAAUAUUGCAGCACAGGACUCUCUUGGCCCCUGGUAGUGCUCAGAGUAUGAGGGAAGCGUCCAGUACCUCCUUCUGAAACUACCUCUGCCAUUUAGGCAGCAUAAUGCUUCUCCAGAAGUUCCCCUUUGUGUUACACCACCGGUCUUCUUGUCUGUGGGUCGAGAGUGGCCCAGUUAGCCCAGACCGCACCUACCCCGGAAUUCUGCCACGUGGCUUCCUGCCAGUUUUUUAUUUUUCUGGCAAAAAUUUUGAGAUCAUCCUUCCGCUACUAGGCAUGAAUUAUAUCUUCAAUUGAAGAUAAUAAAAAAAUGCACUAAUCGUAAAGAGUUAAGAGAGAGACUAGUCACAGCUUCAAAGGCUGUAUUAAAAGUGCCCAAAAAUGAGAGAAUAUUAGCAAAUCUCAGAAAAGUCAUUAUGGCCGAACAGAUACUCAAGACAAUUGGAAUAUUAAUGCCCUUGUGGAAUCCAUAA